GGCAGGCGGAAGGACAAUGCUCUGGGAAUGACUUCAUGUGACUGACAAACUUUAGUUAGUUUUAGCAGGAGUUUUUAAAGGUUUAGUUAACUUUUUAAAAUAACAUUUUAAAUAUUUAUUGAUUGUAGGCGAUCGUUAAAAUCAGUUUGUAGCACCAGGCGAUUCUAAGACUUGGAAAUAUUAUGAUUUUUAUUGAAUGAUUAUUCUUUCGGAAAUCUUGGAAUACUUUACUAGAAGUUUGCUGCACGUUGUGAUCGUGAGGAGGGAACAAGUGCGUGCGUGGUGGCAAAAUGCAGCAGUAUGAACCUGUGGCAGAGAUUGGAGAAGGGGCCUAUGGUACUGUUUACAAGGCACGAGACUCUCUGAGUGGAAAAUUUGUUGCUCUAAAAAAUGUGCGGGUUCAAAGAAAUGAAGAUGGCCUGCCCCCGUCGACUGUGAGGGAAGUGGCCCUUCUGAAACGGCUGGAGCAUUUUGACCAUCCCAAUGUUGUAAGGUUGUUUGAUGUGUGUGCGACAAUGAGAGCGGACAGAGAAACUAAAGUCACUUUGGUGUUUGAGCAUGUCGACCAGGAUCUGAAAACUUAUUUGGAGAAAGCACCGUCACCUGGCCUACCAGCUGAAACGAUCAAGGAUCUGAUGAAUCAGUUGCUGAAUGGUUUGGCAUUCCUUCAUUCUCAGAGUGUGGUGCACCGGGACCUUAAGCCAGAGAACAUCCUGGUGACCAGCCGGGGACAGGUGAAGCUGGCUGACUUUGGCUUGGCUCGUAUCUACAGCUGCCAGAUGGCCCUCACUCCAGUGGUGGUGACCCUGUGGUACCGUGCCCCAGAAGUACUAUUACAGGCAACAUACGCUACUCCUGUUGACAUGUGGAGUACAGGCUGUAUCUUUGCUGAGAUGUUUCGACGAAGGCCUCUGUUUUGUGGGAAAUCGGAACUUGACCAACUAGGAAAGAUUAUUGACAUGACUGGGCUCCCGGCAGAGGAAGAUUGGCCAGAAGAUGUGACGCUUCCACGAAGCGCAUUCCCCAACCAUCCUCCGCAAUUGGUCAAGUCUUAUGUACCUGAAAUCGAUGAUUUGGGAGCAGAGCUGCUAUUGGAGCUAUUGGCAUUCAGCCCUCAUAAAAGAAUCUCCGCUUUUGACGCCCUGCGACAUCCUUAUUUUCAAGGCCAAAGUCCUGAAGUUUAAGAUCGAUAGCGAGCUGAGGAUAAGAAACUGCCUGUGCCUUUGUCUGCAAAUCAUCACUUGGGUGCUCCUGUUACAACUGUCCUACAGACUUGCACUCAGGAUAGGGAGGGAGGAGGGGUGUUUCACAGAAAACUGAGCAUUAACCAACUGAGGGCUUGUCAUAGUUUGCAAAAUGUUUUUCCUUCUCAUGUUGAUUUGUAAACCCUACUCCUUUGGCAAAGUGUGUGCAGCCUGAAAUGUAUAAUUGAGUGGCUCUUUUGGGGCAUCUCUUCUUCCCCCUCUCC